UAAACGGGGGCAGGAAAUCGAAUCGGAAAAGGCGAACCAUCCCGAGAAGCUAAGGGAGGAGCGGCGAGUGCGCGUGGAAUGACGAUGGACAGAGAGAAGGAGAGAGAGAUUGAGCUGGAGAGUGCAAUGUACACGAAUUGUUUGUUGCUCGGCUUGGAUCCGAGUGUAAUCGGCGUCGGAUCGAACAACGGCACUCCUCGGGUGGGGUUGUUCCGCCACUCCAAUCCCAAAUUGGGCGAACAGCUUCUGUAUUUCAUCUUGUCCUCCCUCCGUGGUCCAGCUCAAUCAGCCAAGGACUUCGAUAAGGUGUGGCCGAUUUUCGAUUCGGCCCAGUCUAGGGAUUUUCGGAAGGUCGUGCAAGGUAUUAUAAGUGAGCUCGAGUCGCAAGGAGCAUUGCCCAGGAGUAAUUCGAGGGUUUCCUCGCUGGCGACUUGCUGUGGACCGAGAUUUGUUGAACUCUUAUGGCAGCUUUCCUUGCAUGCUUUGAGGGAGGUUCACAGGCGAACAUUUGCAGCUGAUGUGGCAUCGAAUCCACUGCCUGCUCCUCUGACCGAUGUUGCUUUCUCUCAUGCUGCUACACUGCUUCCUGUAACUAAGGCUAGAAUAGCUCUGGAAAGAAGGAGGUUUCUGAAAAAUGCAGAGACUGCAGUUCAAAGGCAGGCAAUGUGGUCCAAUUUAGCUCAUGAAAUGACCGCGGAGUUUCGCGCUCUAUGUGCUGAAGAGGCUUAUCUGCAGCAAGAGCUUGAAAAACUACAUGAUAUGAGAAACAAGGUGAAAUUAGAAGGUGAACUUUGGGAUGAGCUGGUAUCUAGCUCAAGCCAGAAUUCCCAUAUGGUUCAAAGAGCUACUCGCUUGUGGGACUCUUUGUUAUCUCGCCAGAGUCAACACGAGGUUCUAGCUUCAGGGCCUAUUGAGGAUCUUAUAGCUCAUCGAGAGCAUAGAUACCGCAUCUCAGGUUCAUCUUUGCUAGCAGCAAUGGACCAGAGUUCUUUGGUUUCAUCAACUAAUUUGAAUCCUCAGCUUUUGGAUAAUGAAGACGCAGAGGUUUCACAAGCAGAUGGAAACAAAGAGGACAAAUCUAAAUUGGAUCCUUCUUAUGGAAUUGAAGAUAAGACUUCUCGUGUUGAUGAAAGAAGUAUGAAAGGGCAGCCUUCAGUUGAUGUUGCUGAAGUUUUACGACGGUGGACCCAUGCUUUGCAACGAAUUCAUAAGCAAGCACUCCUACUGGCAAAAGCCAAUGAUGGGGAGGGUCCAGAGCUCCUACGAAGUGCUCAUGAUGGUGGUACCAGCAGUCAUGCUGAGUCUUUGGCCACAACACUGGCCGAACAUCGGCAGCACCUGGACAGCAUUCAGGUGCUCAUUAAUCAACUGAAGGAUGUUGCUCCAACCAUACAAAACUCAAUUUUAGAGCUUACGGAGGAAGUCAAUAGCUUAUCUAAUCUCCCUUUCGUAAAGCAUAGAUCAAAUGCAACUGGCCAGGCACAGGGCUCUGGAAGGACUUUGGAAAGCAGUACUGAUGAUGAGGUUGGUGAUAUAUCAUCUAGACUGUCAUCUAUUCAGCUUGAUAAGGUAUCAGCUAGCUCCCCUGCUCUCAAACUGCCACCACUAUUUAGUUCAACACCAAGUUCGUCAGGGAAAGGUGCAAAUGUACAAAAGCGACAAAUUGUAGCUCAAAACAAUCCAGCAGAAAACAUUACAGAGCAGCCACCUCCAAACAAUAAUAUGGACAAUCUUUCCCUUGAUGAUGACAUUCUUUCUCUACAAAAGCUUAAGAGAUCUGUCAGAGAAGCUGCUCUUUCAUCACAAGUAUGCAACUCGGGAUCAUCACAGGACAGUCGUUCUACUGAUGGCUCUGAGCACUACUUUGUACCUUUUUCUGGGACAGGUUUUUCUCGACAUGGGCAAGAUAAGAUGGCUAAUGCUCUAAAGAGCAGGCAUUUAUUUGUAUCUGAAGAUGAAUCUUCCUUGCUUAAGAUGAAUGCCAAGGACGAUAAUAUUGGGAGCAAGUAUAGUGGAGUUGCAGACAUGUUGAAUGAUUUGGACUCUUUAGAUGAAUUUGAUGGUGUAGAUGGUUUUACUUCUGCAGCUGGUUCAAAUUCAUCAGUUUCAGAUGCAUAUAGAUCAUUUUAUGACAUGGAUGAAGCUCAGGGUCAAGUUUUUUCACCUCCUUUAUUGAUGGAUACAUCGCUUCUGGGAGAUUCUUACGAGGAUUUGCUUGCACCUUUAUCGGAGACUGAAACAGCUUUGAUGGAUCACUGACUUCGAAUGUCUGAUUUUGCUUGCUGUGGUAGCUUCAGUAUGCAUUCUCGAAUAGAGGGAUGCCUUCACAUUUAACCUUCAAACUUGCAAAUCUCCAACCAACCCUUAUGCGGUAUUGUUUGAUUCCUACCGCUCCUAUUCAUGAUGCACAUAUGCAUUGCCCUUUUUUCCCAUGCUGUGAAAUUUUUUGCUCAUUUGGUGUGACUACCGGAGGGAAAGACUUGAUGACAACAUUAACGUUGUCUUUCUCAUUGGAGUGUGCUCUCACGAAACAGGUUAUUGAUGGUGGUGCAUCCAGAAGAAAGGGCAAGUUACUGAAAUUUGUCCUUGGUUGAUUGAAAACUGCUGCCUGGAAGUUCAAUGCUGUCACGUAACCAUCUACUUUAUUUAGGUGUAGAUUCUUGCUAACCCAAUUUACACAACACACUUGUGCAUUUUAUUGGCGGGCAAAAAAAAAAAUCAGACACUAUCCUUGAAUGUGUAGUGCUGGAAGUUCAUUCAGUUUAUGCUUUGAGAUUGGUAUGUUUAUGCUGUGUGCGCAUUACAUUCAUUCGAUGCAAUGUAUAUUACAUCUUUUAACGA